AAGAAAGAAAGAAAAAAGAAGAAGAAAAAAAAAAAAAGAAGAAAAAGAAAAAGAAAAAGCUCUUCAUUAUAAUGUCACAUUCACCAACAACAAAAGAUUCAUUAGUUCCAGUUGAUACUGGAAUAAUUCGAUGUGUAUGUCCAUCUACAGAAGAUGAUGGGUUUACUAUUCAAUGUGAACGCUGUCUUGUAUGGCAGCAUGCUUAUUGUGUUCAUAUUACGCAUACAACUAUUCCAGAUCAUUAUCUUUGUGAUCAAUGUUCUAAAAGAAAAAGACCAAAGAUGUCUAAAAGGAUACCCAUCUCAAAAAGGAAACUUCGACGACUCGAUGCAGAAGAAACAGUUCCAAAUGAUAAUAAAAAUAAAAGAAGAAAGCCAGUUAAAAUUAAAGUGAUUUCUCGUUAUGUUCAUUCUAUAUUCCAUGAAGCAAGAGAACGUUGGACAUCAAGCAGUCGUUGGAAACAACACGCUCAUCAAGAAGAAGUAGAAGAAGAAGAAGAAGAAGUCGUUGAGAUUGUAGAAAAUAACUUUUAUCCGCAUCGCCCUUUAUUAUGUGAUCAUGGAUCAUUUGUGGCUAUGGAUGCUACUACUUUACUAACAAAGGGAGUCUUGAUGGACACACCUGUGUCAAAUCAAGGAUUAUUUGCAACUCAAUCUAUUCCAGCUUUACGUUAUUUAAUGGAGAUCACAGGCGAUGUCUUUUUAAAAUCAGAAUUUAAAUUUGAUCCUGCCAAUCAUUUCAUCAUCCUCGGUACUCCUCUCAGUCAUAUUGUAUUUUAUCCUAGCUUAGACUUAUGUAUCGAUACUCGUCAAUUUGGAAAUAAGGCAAGAUAUAUUCGACGAUCAUGUCAUCCCAAUGCAGAACUUCGUAAUGUCAUCGUGCCUCGAUCACGUGAUGACAAGGUCAUCCAUUUGGGACUCUUUGCUCGUCGUUUGAUUGAAAAGGGACAAGAGGUAACGAUCGGUUGGAAUUGGCAACGAGGUCACAUUUCUUGGAAGGAAAAUAUGAACUGGCAUCAUCAGCAUAAACAAAAGAAGGGUAAUCAUCAUCAUCAUCAUCAAGUGAUAGAUGAAGAAGAAGAAAGGAAAAGAAAGGCGACAAUCAAGGUGAUGUUGGAUCGUUUUGAAAAAGAGUUUGGUGCAUGUGCUUGUGUUAAUAAACGUCGAUGCUUGAUUGAGCAUUUAAAACGUCAAUGUGCGUCUAAUGAAGAGAAAUCAGCGUAUAACAAAAGAGUAUCGGCUGUUCAUAUUCUUCCUAACAAAGGAGGAGGAGGAGGUCGUAGAAAGUCUUCUAUCAUUCUACUUAAACCAAAACCAGUCCUUGAAAGAUUAAAGGCAGAAGAAAAUUUAAAAUUAAAUUCAAGUUUAUUUAAUACAAUUACAAAUACAACAAAAGAUACGUCAGAUGAUGAAGUGUUGGAUGUUGAAGGAGAUACUGAUACAGACAAUCAUUUUUCAGAGUCUGUCGAUAAUAAUACAACACCUUUACUAAACGAUAAUAUGAGUGAGGAUGAAAACGUGGAUAUAUCUUCACUGUCAUCACUCUCUAGCUUGUCUGUAUUUGAAGAAUCAGAAAAUGAAGGAAAUCAACAGACAAAUUCAGAAAAAUCAAACCCUACAACAACGCCUUCCCUUAUACCCGAGAAAACAUCUGUACCAUUACCAAGAAAAAAACUAUGGAUGCGUAACUAUCUUGAAAAAUAUAACGUCGAGAAAUCAACAGAACCAUCAGAUGUUGCGCCAAUAAACAUGAAAGAGGAAAAUGAACAGCAGAUAAAUACUUUACAAAAUAAUAAAGACUUUUCAACAGAACCUAAUAUCGAGAUAGAAAUCACUAGUUCAGAUCAAAACUCUCAAAUUGAUAUCGUAGAUGAGGAUAAUAAAAGAGACUCGACUCUAAUGGAAGAUGUAAGAGUGACAGAUAAUGAUGUUUCUUCACAAUUAAUAGGAGAAGAAAAAGAGAAAAAUGAAAUAAAGAUAACACAUAAUGAACGGAAUAAUUCUACUGAAAAUAGCAAUCUGUUAUUUGAUACUGACGAUGAUGAUGUUGAUGAGCUAAGCGAUGCAUCUACCAUUUUACUAGAUGAAGAAGAAUUACGAACGGUCUAUCAUAACAGAAGAAAUAUAAUGGACAAUGAUAGUAAAGCAACAUCUUUUAAUGAUAACAAAAAUAAUAAUGACUCGUUACUUUUAUACGAAGAAGCAAAGACAGUAGUAAAAAAGAAAAUCUCACUUCAAGAAUACUUAUCUUCCAGGCAACAACAAUGAAAUUACUAAAAAU